GCCGACGCCGACGACGCGCCGAGACGGUUCUCUGUUGUUGCGUUGUACUCGCGCCGUACACUCUGUUGCUUAGUGUACGGGACGACGACGGCGGCGACGGCCGACGCGAACGGGCACGACGCUUUCAAUGAUGAUGGUUUAUCAGUUCGUCGUGGUCCGCUACUACGCCGCGACCGUAUCGGCGGUCGCCACCGGGUGAUUGCCGGACGACGUCGAGGAGGAAGUAGCAGCAGCAGCAGCGGCAGCGGACGUCGAGAUAAUAAUAUUAUUAUACACUGGCCGCACGACAUUAUACUAUAGACACACCGGAAGUCCGGUACCGUCUGGCUACCGUAUAGCGAGACACGGGACGCGCGAGAUCUCCUCGCGGUCGCCGCCGCAGAUUACAGAUGCUCUUGGUGCAUCUAGAUGGGGUCUCAAGAGAGCUUAGCCACAUUUCAAUAACAGUUAUAUCAGCAUUUGGUACUACCAGCGUGCGCGUUGGGAUGUGACGCAGGGUGGACGAGAGCAUCGUGCGCGUGAUUAGCUGUAGCUGGGUGUGCUAUGCUAGCCGCCCGCCACGUUCUGCUCCUGUUGGUGGCCGGUUCGUUUCUCGCCUCAUCGGUCCUCGCGCUACCACAAGACAAAGUCACAGAGAGAAAAUUUGGUGACAAAUGCGAAUCCAACGACGAUUGUCAUUUCAACGGGUCAAUAUGUAGAAUUGACCGGAGCAACAAAAAGUGUCUGUGUCAACCCGAAUUUGAGGCCACCAACCACAUCGACAAAUGCGGACACAACGUAGCGAUUAACAAACCAUGUUUUUUUAACGAGCAAUGUGAAAACCUCGUAUUCCAAACAGAGUGCAGAGAUGACGUUUGCGCUUGCCGGUUCGAAAAAACUCCGGUAUUCCAAACCGAUGGAUCAGUCCAAUGUAUUGCAAAGAACACUUCCAACUCCGAACCUUAUACUGAUCCAGCAAUGCUGUGCGUGUUGGCUGGGAUGUGUUUGAUGUUCAUCAUAAUAUGCGUUGUACUGAGAUUGUUUAGCAAAGCACGUUGGAGAGAAAACCGUACGAUAUUCAACACGCCCAACCCGAGAUUGAUGAACGUGUCGCUACUGAGAGACAACAAACCGCCGCCCGGAGCAGCCGGCGAACGUAGAGGUAGCAAAUCCAGUACAAAGACCCAUUCCCCUUCGAGACAACCAAGCAUGGCCUCGUUGAAGCCCCAAUCGCCUUCUUUAGGUCGCGGAGUUCGGGGCAACAACAACGGCGGCAACUCGGAAACCGUAAGGUCUCCGACCACCAAAAGUCCCAUGGCACUUCCGGCGGAGCCAAAAACAUCUGUAGCUGUGGACAUACAGCCCGCCGUGUGAAUCGGACAUCGAACGACAUAUUAUACACUUGCGUCGCGUCACCACGUAUUAAUGCUUAUAACCGGUGUCAGGACAUCGCCGACAAUGAUUUUAUUUUUAAACAAAGUUAUUCUUCUUCUUUCUACUUUAUCCGCAAACGGGCUUGAUUGCUUUUGGGACCACGGCUACUGGUUUAUUCAUUUAUCAAUAAUAUUUGAAACAUAAUAUGUAUCGAAACAUAUAAUUAUUACGGUUUUUAAACAUCUCAUUAAAACUAUAUAUGUACACAGAUAAAUCGCAAUGAUUGCGUGCUAUAUUUUUAAAAUUAUUUUAAUACUUGAAACUCACGAUGCUUAGAAUAUAUUAUAGUACGAAGCACUUGGCAAUAUUAGCCAAGAGCUGUUCUUCACACAGUAAAAGUAUUUUACAACAUGAAUUUGUAUUACUUAAAUAUUUAAAAUAUAAUAAUUUAACGUACUUAUUAUAAUUAUUAUUAUUAUUAUGCUAUGAACUCUGCAUUCAUAUAAGGAUAAUAUAAUAUACAAUAUACAUAAUAUAAAACAUAUUAUACACGAUAUAAAUAUAUAAUUAAUUCUUAGACUCACGAAACUUUUAAAUAUUCGUACUAUAACUAAUACACAUUUUUUUAUUAUUAUUAAACAUAAUAAUAUCAUUAUACAAUUACUUACAUAUACGACGUAUCAUCCAUCAAUUAACAAUGUAUAGAUUUUUUUUUUAAUUCGUUUAAGUAAUCUAAGUAUUGUAAGUGUAAAUUUAAAAACUUUUUAAAUUAUUAUUAUAUUAUAUUAUAUUAUACAUAGUGUGUAAUUGCGUUCGAUGUAGUGUAAUCGUUUAAUAUUUAUGAAUAAUAAUAAUAAUAAGUAAGACAUUUUUUAUUCUUUAGAUUGUAAGUUAAUAUUAUACAUAAAAAUAAUAAUACAUAAACGAUAAUAUAGUUAGGAUGUAUUACAUGUAUUUAUUUCCAUAAAUGCGUUUCGGAAAGGCGAUAUGGACUCACCAUUAUUUUUAACCGUUUACAGGGGUCUAAGGUGAAUCUCGAAACUUGAGAAAACAGAGGGAAGGUUUUCUCGAGUUCAAAAACGCCUUAGAACUUGUAAGCGUAAAUUUGAAAUAAAAAUAACGGUUUUUUCUUACCGCUUUUCGUCAUUGUAAUUAUUAUUGCCAUCAAUAGAUAUUAAUUAUUAUCUUUAAAUAUAUAUCUUUAGAAUAAAGUGGUAGAAUUUAAAAAAUA